AUGGGGAUGAUCGAAGAGCUGGAAAAAGCGAUUGCUGGGAAUUUCAGAACUUUGGGUGCUUUCAUUGGAAAGAAACCCAUACGGGUGAUCGUCACAAUGCUGAUUCUAUCGAGCUUAACAAGCCUAGGAAUAUUUAAACUCAAUGAAGUUAAUAAUGUUAGGACUGAAUAUUCACCCAGUAAUGCACCCAGCAAAAUCGAGCAUACCGUCGCUAUGAAUUUUCUUGGACAGAACGGCACACUGGAUCCGGUAUAUGUUUUGGUCGAAGCGCGUGACAAUGGAUCGUUGUUGCGUGAUGAAUAUCGAAAAACAUUGAUACAAUUAAUUAAACAAAUUCAGUCUAAUAUUACAAUUCAAUACAAAGGUCAACAAUAUGGAUUCAAGGAGUUGUGCGAACCAUACUGCGAGUUAAAUGCCGCUUUCAUGGCAUUCCUAAAACUUUAUGAUCCGAACAAUCAAGUUACAUACACCUAUCCAACUAUCGAUUUUUUGGGAUCACAGAUCUUCAUUGGGAAUAAUGUUUACGGUGUGGAACUUGAGGAAAAUACAAGUUUUAUUAAGUCAUUCUCAACCGCAGUUUUCGAACUAUUCAUUAGCGCAUCAAAUGAUGAGAUCCUGUACGAAUGGCAAUUGGAAAUACAACAAUAUUACAAUCAGGAAGAAUUUCAGCUAUUUAGUGUCGGCCUCACCAGUGAUUGCCUGGUUUCGGUAGAAGUUCGUCGAAUGGGUUUGGAAACUGCGCCAGUCCUUUUUGGAUCCGUUUGUAUCAUGAUAUUUUUCAUUGCAGUCAGUUCGAUCAGAAGAAAUCCAUUAAAAAGUAAACCUUGGGAAUCGCUUAUCGGUAGUCUAAUACCGAUCCUCUCCGUAUUAAUGUCAACAGGAAUACUAUCUCUCUGUGGACUCCGAUACCAGUCAAUUGUCAUUGUGACAUAUUUUUUGGUAUUAUCAGUUGGUGUCGAUGAUGUAUUUAUUAUAAUGCGUGCAUGGGAUCGAACAAGUAUCACAAUACCGAUACCGGCACGACUGGCAAAAACACUCGAGAAUGCUGGGCCUUCAAUUACAAUCAGCUCACUUACCAAUGCCUUAUCAUUCGGAAUCGGUAUUUUUUCAUCAACUCCAGCAGUACGUACAUUUUCAAUCUAUUCAUGUUUUGCCAUCAUUGUUUGCUACUUCUUCCAGUUGAUUUUAUUUACCGCUGUAUUAGCCUUAAGCGGAAAGCGUGAGCGGAACAAUUAUCAGGCGUUAUUUUGCUGCUUUAAAGCUGAUCCCAGUGCACGAAAUCGAACUGCUGAAAAAAUAUCUCAUUUUCAAAACUGGCUUAUCAAAUCAUGGUCAUCCAUAAUAACAACGUGGUUUAUUAGAGCAUUGCUUGUGGUGGUGUUGGUAGCGUAUUAUUAUAUAUCUCUCCGGGGUAUUCUAAAAAUGGAAGUUAAAAUUUCGGUCGACAAGAUGGCUCUUCCGGAUUCAUAUCUUCACAGCUUUCAAUUUAUUUUUGAAAAAGCCCUUCGAAGCAUGCAACCAAUCACUGUUUUUGUUAUGAAUCCAGGUGAUCUAAGGGAUCCUGAUCGACUGAAUGGAAUCAAAUCAAUGGUAUCAGAAUAUGAGCACGGUCUUCACAGCUAUGGCAAUAAAUCGACACUCUUCUGGCUUCAACAAUAUGAUGAAUUCCUAUCAUUUUAUAAUGAAUCGGAAGAUUUCACGUAUACAGAAAUUCCUGCAUUUUUCAAAUCUGCAACAUAUUUCUUCCUUAGCUCAUUUGUACAUAUGAACGAAACCGCUUGUUACGAUAAUCAACCGGAAUGCAUUUCUUCCUUCUUUUUUGUCACCAAUUUUCAUGGGGUUAUCAGAUAUGAUGAAAUGAUCCCAGCAGUUGUUGACUGGAGACGUAUAGCGGCGAAAUAUUCUGAUUAUGAAGUAUAUCCUUAUAGUGACCAUACUCCUUUCGUUGACCAGACCAUAGCAAUCAAAGGGACGAUAUUGUGGAGCAUGAUAGCAGCCUUGUUCUGUUCGGCAACAGUCUGCUUCAUUUUUAUUCCGAAUUUAAUCAGUAUUAGUUGUGCGGUUUUUUCAAUAUUCAGUAUCAGCAUCGGUAUAUUUGGGUUAUUAUCGCAUAUGGAAGUAGACUUGGAUCCGAUCACUAUGGCUGCACUUCUGAUGGCUAUCGGCUUUUCAGUGGAUUUCACAACUCACAUUAGCUAUCACUACUACAAAACGACAGCUAAGGACAGUCGAGAUCGCCUUGAAGAAGCACUGACAGUAAUUGGCUGGCCAAUGUUGCAAGUGGCUAUUUCCACCAUUGUCGCACUUUUACCGUUGUUGUUGAAGCAGUCGUAUUUGGCAAUGGUAUUCAUCAAAACUGUUACAAUUACCGCAGCGCUCGGUAUUUUUCACAGUCUCAUCGUACUUCCGGUUCUGCUCACUACCAUUAAUUCUUUUGUGCAAGGAUCAUGCGCAGAAAAGGAGAGUUGUCGUAGAUUGCGAAAAGUAAUCAACAAGAUUAAAAGUGAGGUCAAGAAAACGCAAUAUAAGGGCAGAGCAACGCAAGUAGGUGGUGAUAAGGAAGAAAAAAAUGCAAAAAGAGCACCAAUCUCACAGCUAGAUAUUAUUAACACCGCUCCUGAGGCAUACAUUCAUAAAAUAGAGCUUGGUAGAGCUUUAUCAUCUCCAAUAUCAACCAGUGAUAAAAGUAAUUCAUAA